AACGUGCGAAAUCUCCCCAACUCCAAUUCCAAUUGCUUAAAAAACCACUCUGUUUGUUAAAUGGACAUGCACACUUCCUUCUCUCCUUUCCACUUCCUCCAAUGCCGCUCCUCACUGCUUUCCCGCAGUCGCACUUUCCCUCACUUACCCUUUCCUCGCGAACCCCAUGCCGUUGUCGCUCUUUCGGAGCCAAAAUGACAGCGGCCGAGACAAACGGUGCGGCCAUCCUGUGGUUCAAGCACGACCUCCGCGUCGACGAUCACCCGGGACUCGUCGCCGCCUCCAAAUAUCGCUCUCUCGUCCCUCUCUACGUCUUCGAUCACCGCGUUCUUUCCCGUUUUUCCGAUGAAGUGCAAGAGAUGGUUCUUUUUGCGGUAGAAGAUCUGAGAAAGUCAUUGAAGGAUCUGGGUUCUGAUCUGAUGAUCAGGUUUGGGAGUGCAGAAAAUGUCAUACGAGAACUUGUGAAAGAGGUGAAAGCUACCAAUAUAUAUGCUGAAGAAGAAGUAGAGUAUGACCUACGCGUGAUGAUGGAUGCAGUCAAAGAGGCCUUGGAAACAGUGUAUUGUCAGGAGGGUAGUGCAAGAGUUGUAUUGUGGCAGACUCAAUUUUUUGAUAUCAAGAGCUUGAAGGACCUUCCUGCAUCACAUGAUGACUUUAAGAAACUUCAAUUCUCUAUAACUUCACCACUUCCACCCCCAACAUUACCUAGUGCGAAAAUGGAACUAGAUUGGGGUCCUCUACCCACUUUUGAUGAUUUGAGGGAAUUUAUGAAUAACAAUUGGUGCAAACCACAAAGAGUUUGGACUUCAAUCAAGGAGACAUCAGCUGAAAGCAUAUUGCAGAAGGAAUUAUUGGAGCCUGUGGAAAGCAAUCAAAAGGAUUUAAGUUUUGGGCACAUCAAGGCAAAACAAUUAGGUAAAUCUGCUUUUGUCACACAAAAAGGAAAUUUCGUGGGAGGUGGGACAAACACUGUGUUGAAUGCAUUGGCUGCUUACUUGAGAUAUUUGGAGGGAACGGCUCGAGAUGACUGGAAGGAGGUACACGAAAGAGUCCACAAUGCUGAAACUCGGGAUGGAGCAUCAUUUAUUGCACUCUUCGGCCCUGCCCUUUAUCUUGGCAUCAUAUCUAGAAGGAGAGUGCAUUAUGAAGCUAUCAUGUAUGAGAAAGAACGAAAUGCUGGAUUUCUAUCUCCUUUUGGAUAUUCAGCAGCCACUAUUGCUGCAGCAAUUGAUGCUGUGUGCUCAAUGGAGUGGUAUUGGCUCAUGGCUCUAAAAAGUCUUAUAAGUUACGAUGAAACAUAUUCUAUUCGAAUUUGGAGAUGGAAGAGUUAUCUAAUUCAGUACACGGUUUUCGGUCAUGAAGGUCCUGCUAUCCUUCUUGUGCAUGGUUUUGGUGUUUUUUUGGAGCAUUACCGUGAUAAUAUAUACGGUAUAGCUGAAGGUGGAAAAAGAGUUUGGGCCCUUACAAUGUUGGGAUUUGGCAAAUCAGAAAAGCCAAAUAUUGUUUACACUGAGGUCAUGUGGGCUGAAUUUCUCAGAGAUUUUAUUGUUGAAGUUGUGGGUGAACCAGUGCAUCUUGUUGGUAACUCAAUUGGUGGUUAUAUUGUUGCUAUUGUUGCAUCUUUUUGGCAUGCUUUGGCCAAAUCUGUCGUCCUUAUCAACAGUGCUGGCAAUGUUACUCCAGGAUACUCUUCUGUGCUAUUCACUAAAGAGAGAGGAACUUCAGGGGCUUCAUGGUUGGGCGCUCGACUUCUUUUGUUCUACUUGAGGUUGAGACUUAAGGACAUAGUGAAGAAUUGUUAUCCAACUAGGCGGGAGCGAGCAGAUGAUAUGCUGAUUAAUGAAAUGCUAAGAGCAUCAUAUGAUCCUGGUGUGCCAGUCGUUUUGGAAAGUUUUUUCAGCUUCAAUCUCUCAAUUCCUUUAAAUUAUCUCUUGGAAGGAUUCGAGGAUAAGGUUUUAAUUAUCCAGGGGAUGAAAGAUCCAAUCACCGACUCCAAGUCCAAAUUGGCUAUGGUUAAAGAGCAUUGUGGUGGAGUUGCAAUCAGGGAAUUGGAUGCUGGCCAUUGCCCGCACGAUGAGCUGCCAGAGGAAGUGAAUUCUAUAAUCUGUGAAUGGGUAGCGUCAGUCCAAAGUAAACUUCCCGCUGAGAGCCUCUUGUAGAUAGAAUUGGUGCUUGUUGGGAUUAUUAUUCUUUUGGUGUUAUGUGCACGUAGAGUUUAGGAGCAAUUCAGUAGUUGUUAGGUAUUGGGUCUGUUAGGAAGUAUUAUCUAUGUAGGAAGUAUUAUCUAUGUAGGUUGUUAGUUUAUCUCUAUCUUUGUUAGUAAUUCAAUUCUAUUUGGCUUGUUAGUAGGUUAUGAGGUUAUCUCUAGCUUGUUAUCUCUAUCUCUUUGUUAGUCGAGUCUUGGUGUCCUGUUCUAAGUAGAAGUCUAUUGUAUUACUUUUCUUUAAAUAAGUUGCAUUGCUAUAGAAUAAAACGAACAAAGAAAUUAUUCAAA